AUGGCUCUCGCGUGCGCCACUCACGCGCGCCGCUUCCUCCUCGCCGGCCCGGCGAGAUCUUUCCACGCCCAGCCCUACCAAGCCAAGGUCGGCGUGGUGGAGUUCCUGAACGGCGUCGGGAAGGGGGUGGAGGCGCACGCCGCGAAGCUGGAGGAGGCUGUGGGAGGCGACCUCCAGAGGCUCCUCGAGGCCCGCACGCUGCGGCUCAAGAAGCUCGGUAUCCCCUGCAAGCAUUUCUGCUGCUGUACAAUUAUUGGAUUGUUGCAUCCAUUCUGA